GUCAACUUCCUCAGUAAUUGACCAAAAUGGCGACAAUAGUUUUUUUUUAAGCCCUCAAGCUUCACUCUGUCUUUGGUCCUUAUCAGAGCUUUCAAGUCUACAGCAGAAAGUCAAUGAGGGGAUCAAAAGCAGAGAUCUACAUAUUCAUGCUAAUAUGCUUUCCUGAGGAAGAACAAGAACUCAAAAAUUAAGUUAAUAAUUGCGGCAAAUGAUCAUGAAAAAUCAAAAUCUGAGAUGAAUCAAAUCCGGAAUGUAACCUACGAUUCCUGCAUGUGUGGAAAGUAAGCAAGGGAUCAAGACUGAUACGGUGACGGAUUGCAUAGAUUUGUGAUCAGAAGGGUACGGAUAUUAAUCAGGAGAAACAUUUUUGAAAUGAUUGUCAGGAUGAAACAAAAGUUAUCAUUUUUUUUUGACAUGAUAACUUUGAGAUUGAAAGAGUGCAUACUGUGGUGUAAAUAUAGAUACCACUUGCAGCAUGUUAUUGCAAACUAGUCAUCUCCUUUGUCUUAAUUUUUAAAAAAACAUUUCUAACUGGAAGACCAAGGAUUAAGAUCUCAUAGUAAGAGGAUUAAAGCAUAAAUCCAAUGAGCAAGUGAGUCAGUUAAAUGUAAUCAUGGAAUUUAAAGUGAAAUCGUUAUCCAGCACAAAGAUAACUAUCCAAAGGGAAUCGGUAACAGGUGUAAAACCAUCACAGAAAAAGACUAAGAGAAAAAGAUCAAAAGAAAAAACAUUUGAACUGAGGAUAAAUUUAGACAGUGCAUCCACAUCUGCAACCAGAAAAUCUGAAUCAGUGCAUGAUUGCUUUAAUGGUGCAUCAGAUUAUGUAGGUAUAAAAUCAGAAAAUAAGUUUGUGGAGCAUAACAAUGUGGUAGUAAAGUCCGAACCUGCAUGGGACGAGGGUUAUGGAGUGUCAACGAUGGUGCAGCCAAUUGAAUGCAAUGGAGAAACAUCACAGUUAGCACCUUCACCUGAUUUCGGUGUAAAAUCAGAGUUUUCUUGUGCAUUUGAUAUAGAAAAUGCAACAAUAGUACAGGUGAAUAUGGAGCCUGAUGCUGAUAUUCAUGCAGAUAUUUUUGGAUAUAAGGCUGAAACUGAAGAACAUGGUAAUUUUAAAGCAAGUUUUGUAACUGUGAAAAAGGAGCCUGAUAUAGAAUAUCCAUUCAAUGUAUCAAACAUCAAAACAGAGCCAGUUUUUGUUGCUCAGUCAGAUUUAGAAAACAGCACAGCAGUACUGACUGACCCUCAUGAUGAUAGAGGAACAGAUAACUAUGACCUUACCACAAAGGAUGAAAAUGUGAUCAUUAAAACAGAACCAAAUCAGUCUAACGAUGAUAGAAUGGAUGGAUGCAAUCACACAGAAGGCGAUUUUGAACUAGAAAUCGAUUUGGCAGAUGAGAUUUUAGAGGAAGUUGACCAGGACAGAUCCGAGGACUAUGUGCCAUCUAGUGAAGAAAGUGACGAAGAAUAUGAAAAAGACAAGUCAUCGAAAAGCAAGAAAUGGAAAGAGGAGGACUUGUCACUUCCUGUUCGUUUUGGUCAACUUCCUGCUGAUCCUGUCAUAGAGGAAAGUGAUGGCUCAGAAUCUGAAACCAACAACAGCUUGGAUAAAGCUGGUGCAGACAUGAAUGUUUGUGGAGUGUGUGGGAUAUCCUUUCAGACUCCUGCAGAGUGCAUGGAGCACUUGAAGGCCCAGCAUCAGUUUAAGGGCUUGUAUGCCUGCAUGUUCUGCAGCCAGGUGUUUUCUGAUGGCAGCAAACUUCUGCAGCAUGAGGAGGUUCACAGGGAGGAUGGGUCGUUGAAGCACUUUCGCUGCAUGGACUGUGGUGAGCUUUUCUCACGUCUUCAGCACAUGCUUCGCCACAUGCGCGUGCACACUGGGAACAAAGUCUACAACUGUCCUGACUGUGACAAGGUGUUCACUCAGGCCUACACCCUCACUGUACACCGACGGCUGCAUUCGGUGCAGAGAGACCAUAAGUGCAAAGAGUGCGGGGCUUCUUUUCACCGGCCUGGUUACCUCAAGCACCAUAUGCGCAAACAUACUGGUGAGCGACCAUUCAUCUGCAAGGACUGUGGCAAGUCAUUCUCAAAUUCCAGCAACCUGAGUGCACACAUUCGCACUCACACAGGAGAGAAACCUUACAAGUGCUCUGAAUGCCUGGCUUCAUUCGCCACCUCAAGUGCUCUCACUGUACACAGAUGGCGACACACAGACAGCCGGCCAUUUAGAUGUGAGGAAUGUGAAAAAACAUUUACAACUGCUAACACGUACAAACGGCACAAGCUGAUGCACAAGGGUCUGAAGGAGUAUCAGUGCAGCAUGUGUGGUAAGAACUUCUCUCAAAAAAGCUCUCUCACUAUUCACAUGAGAGUGCACACUGGUUACCGUCCUUUCUUUUGCACUGAGUGUGGCGCCACCUUUACCCAAUCAGCACACCUGACAGUUCAUGUUCGAAAACAUACAGGUGAGAGACCAUUUGCCUGCAAGGAAUGUGACAAAUCCUUUCCCAGAUCGGAGUAUCUUCUGCGACAUAAACGAAAUGUUCAUGGCCACCUCAUUCCAAAGGUAAACCGACACUGACACUGCCAUCACUCAAUGAGGAUAGGAAUCUAACCUUGUGAUUAGGCUCUCGGGUUUUCUCUGCAUUCAGUUUCACAGGGUUGUCUCUUGUUUAUAAGUCUUUUAAGUGCCUGCAACCUGUACUUGUAGUCAGGUGUGCAUCUGAAUUAUGGAGAGAACACAUGAACUUCUGAAUUACAAUAGCAGUAUAUUGGAAAGGUUGCUCUUGCUUUUUCUUCUGUUUUGGAAAACUUUGUUUUUUGAUCUGUUAAGAUUGUCUGCUUUAUGUAAUCAUGGUCCUCCUUGUAGACAGUUUCUUAUCGAUCUGAGCAUUUCCUUAACAUUGUCAGAAGACAGCAAGAUGUGGGUUAGAUUUGUAAGAAAAAAGGUUGUGCUAUAUCUCAGUGUUGUGCACACUUAGAUGUACUAAAUUCCUUUAAUAUGAUAGCAGAGGUAUGCCUUGUGUUCUACAUCCCUUUAUGUUUAUACCAUAGCAAAAGUUUCCCAUAUUCUAGGUAGAAAUGCUAUUAUCCCUUUAGUAGUAUGCUCUGCUUCCUUUUGUAUGUCAUCUCACACACCAAGAAGAGUGGUGGAGGAGGGCUUAUCCCUUGGGUUAUAGCUUUAGUAUUUUAACUUUGAGUUAUAACUUUUGUGGUGAUAAUACAGUGCUCCUUUUAUGCAUUUACUCACAUCAUCAUGGGGAGUGUUCAGGAAAAAUAACUUUGGGUUUUUCAAACGUUAAAAAAAAGAUUAAUCAGGUAAUUGUGAGCAAAGAUUCUCUUUGUCUCUUUCUUAUUGUAGUUUAUGGCAUGUAUCCUUCAUUCAUCCUUGGUAUUAGCCCAUAAUUUACCAAUGAUUUCUCAGGAAUAUUUUUUGUAGUGAUCAGUUAGCAAACCCUUUUCCCCUGCAUUUGGUGUGCAAGCAGACAACAUGAAGUGACCAAGUAUCAUGACGUUGUCAUUGCUUUUAUUAGUGAUGUUACAUUACAAACAAAAGGUAGUUAACCACCUGUACUUGUGCUGGGGUACCUGCAUUUUAUUUCACAUAAAAGCAACAUAUUUUGAUAUUACCAUAUUCCAAGAAAUUUCGACUACUAGAGAUUUGUGGUUUGCUAUAGAGGUCAUGUUUAUUUUGAGAUGUGACCAUGAAGGAUUCUUACACAACUUUACUGAAGGAUUCAUUAUUGGAGUCAGGAUGUCUAUACACUUACAAAAGAUGUCAGACCUGACUUAUAUUUGAGCACUUGGUGCAGGACUUUAAAACUGAUGUUAAGCAUUUCCCACACUGGUUUGAAACCCACUAACUCAAAUGAAUGAUAAUAAUUAGAUAACUUUCCAUCUUCUUGUUCUAAAUUUCAUGGCAGAAAGUUGACUAAGUGUUCACAGUUAUGCAGCAGCAGUCUAUUGUAGCAAAGUUCUUGACUUUUAUCAUUUUGCAUUACUGUUAGUUUCAGCCUGUUGGGUCAGACAACCAUUUUUUUAAAAAAGGAUAGGACUGAAUGAAACUGAAGCUAAAAUAAAGAGUGUGGCAAAAUUACCAUAAAUGCCAAGUCCAAACUCUGGGGACUAAUAUUGGAGCAAGAUGGCAUCAGACAACAAGAAGUAAGAAAUCUGUCUCAUUUAUCUUGUCCUCUUCAGUGUAUAUGAUGGAAAUAUGCUGGUGAGAAUUCAUUCAGCUGCAAGGACUGUGGCAAGUCAUUGUCAAAUUCCAGCAACAUAAAGGCACACAUUCAAACCUCACAAAUGUUCUGAAUGCCCAGCGUCUUUCGUUGUCUAAAGUGCCUUCAUUGUGCACAGGUCGCAGCUCACAGACAGCCGGUCAUUUAGAUUCAAGGAAUGUGAGAAAACAAAUAAAACAGUCCAAUCAUACAAAGAGCAAAAGUUGAUG